AGGUUGGACUGUCGGUACAGUUUAUACAUAGAAAUGGUGGGUGCUGAUAUAGUGCGGGCUGCGGUCGUCGCUACCUUGAUCGCCUGGUGCACUGCUUAUCCUGACAGGGUACUAAACCGGCGUUACGACAACAAUAACAACAACAACGAUGCAAAUCUCGAAUAUUCAUACAGAAGCUUGCUGUCUAAUAAUGCCCUGAAUGACAACCAUAACAACCUGCGUUCAAAUCCGAAUAAUAACAAUUUGAAUAAUCUGAACAAUCUGAAUAAUGGUCUGAACAACAACAACCUACGUUCACAUCCGGAUAAUAAUAAUUUGAAUAAUCUGAAUAAUAAUAAUAAUUUGGAUAAUCUGAACAACCUGAAUAACCGACGUUAUAAAGGUGCAGCAGUAGCCGCCGGUCCAGCUCCAGUCCGACCUCCGACAGCGGAAGAACUUAGGAAUCUCCCUAUAAUCCAUCACCGUGCGAACCCGCAUCACACAAGACACAACUAAAACCCAGCAGCCGCACGACGCCCGAACCAUAGUAUAAAAACUAACCCGAUGACCCGAACUUCUUGUAUAAUAUAAUUAAAUAUUAUGAUUGCAUUGUAA